UUUAUUCUUCCCAUAUAUUAGUCUCUCCCAAAUGCACACGGCCUCGCUUGCAUAAACACUGACUCGCUCAUUAAUCCCAUCUCUGCUGAUGAUUUAUUUUCCUCUUCUUGCAGCAAAAAACACCCAUGAAGGCUCUUUUUCUCCCUCUGUUUGUCUCCCCUCCAUCUUUGCUCCCUCUCUCUGGUUAAACAGAGUGUUUGGCUUCUUCUUCUACUUUUCCGAGAAAGUAAUUCUCAACAAUUGCCAGAAAGCCUUUCACAGUUUGUUUUGGAGAUAAUGAUAAUGCUUCAGAGUGAACAGACCAAACUCAUCGCUGGCCCUUUUUAUGGCUCUAACAAUGGCUGUGUGUCGAUUAGAGAUGACUGUUGCUAAGAGAUACAGCAUCAGAUAGAAGGCGUUUGUUUGAAUAAAAGUGGUCACUCAGAGAAAAUAGCUGAGGAUAAUCAAAAUAACCGAUUUCCCUCAGGCAGGCUGUGCUGUGUAAUCAUUUAUUAGAGAUUCCAGCAGAAAGAACGGUCAGAUAAACACCAGUGAAAUAAUAUUUCCCUUAUCAUCAUGGACGACUAAUGAGGGCCACACGUUCGUGCCGUCUCUAAAUGUGUGAAACAUUAGGGUCAGAGCUGUUCAUGGGUUUUUACAUCUAUGUCUCUCCUAGCUAUGAGAGGGGAAGACAGAGGAUCGCUGCAAAACAUUUCCACGUCCCAGCUAAGAAUGUUAUCCAGAGCUAAACACCUCACGUUCGUCUGCGUCUGUGUAAUGUCGAAUCAAUACAUUCAUGCGUUUUGGGUUUCACAAAUGAAAAACACAGGCACAUUUGAUCAAUGUACAAAAAGGAUGUAUGACUGGAGGCUUGUACUAACUCUUGCAAUACAACCAAGGUUACUCUUUGACCCAGAGGAAAAUCAGCACAGGUUUGACUCCUUCUUAUUGAUUACACAAGUCAAAUAAAUCUACUAGACAGGUGUUAGAGUCUACAGGAAUUUAAGAAAAAAUUGGUUCAUUUUUCAAAGGUGUUGUAAAAGUUCUAAUGCGUCACUUCACCUUGGGCCUGUGGUUUCAAAAGUCUGAUAAUAAUGUAGUCGUGGUAGUCUGCAUAAUGAUUCAGCAGACUUUUUAAACCAGAAGAGCAUAGACUAGUUUCAUCCAUUCGUACAAGUUCCUUGUGGUUCUUAGUCCAUGACAGAACAGCCCACAGGAUGAUACCUCUGAUAGAGCAGACCGGUAUUGUGCAUCUUAAGGAUGUCUUGCUUAACAUAUACUUGAAACUGAGCUUGAAGUUAAAAUGAAAAAAAAAACAAACAAACAAAAAAAAACAAAACCCUGGUAGUGAAGGUUUAGUAGAUUCUCCAAACCUGGAGCUUAAAAUACUUAAAAAAAGUAAUUAACAAAAACACAUUUUUGUCCCCCUUCUAUGUUUUUACAGCCAUGUUCACUGAGGUGCCUCAUGAUAUGACCGCACACAGAGGCCAGGAUGUGGAGAUGGCCUGUUCCUUCAGAGGAGCAGGGACACCAUCAUACUCCCUGGUGAUCCAGUGGUGGUACAUCAGGAAUCACUUAGACUGGACCGACAGGCAGCCAUGGACCACCAACGAGGUGGCUCCUGAUGAGGAGAUGCCAAAGGAUGCUACAAAAAUCAGUGUUGUGAAAGUCGUCGGAAGCAACAUCUCUCACAAACUCCGCCUUUCUCGAGUCAAGCAGUCUGACGAAGGCACCUACGAGUGUCGGGUCAUUGACUUCAGCGACAAUGCUGGUGUUCGCCACCACCGUGUCAGGGCUUACCUGCAAGUGUUACCAGAGGGCGACGUUACGUUCAGUGACAACAACAACCGCAACAACUUCGAUGUGGUGGACGACACAAAGCGAGGUGUGGUAUUUGUCGAAGAUGAGGGCGUUGAUUCUCACGGUGGGACCAAAGAGCACGCUCACAGUCACCACCAGAGCCACAGGCACCACCAGGAGCAGGGGAAGCGACCUUCAUCACCAUCAUCCCACCACAGCAGCAGUCAUCAUCAGAAAGAGGACAGAGAGCUGAGGAAGAGAGAGGUGGACAGUAACCAGAGCCACGACUGCGGCAACGAGCCCAGCUGUGCCCUGUAGAUCCAGCCUGGCUCCACCUGAGUCAUCAAGCGGUGUGUGUGUGCGUGUGUGUCACAGCAUAAAAAGCUAUACUUCCUACACAGCACCGGCCUGUGCACAUGUCCAAAAUUUUUAGAUUUGUGCACCAAGGCUGUAGCCUGUGCAGGGAAUCUAGCUUUUUCUGGCUGGGCCUGGUUUGGACGUCACAUGGUCUGUAAAACCUGGCAUUAUGACAUUCAGCAAAGGCUUGUGUGCUGCUGUGUGUAGAUCCAGGCAAACUUACUGUUCCUGGUCUGAGCACCACCAAAAAAGGCUCUACUAUUAACUAGUUUCAGUCUUGUACUUUAGAUACCGUCGAUGAUUUUGCUCUGCUUUCACGCUCACAUCAACUCCACUGCCUUACUGUUUCACGUAAUACACGCUCAGAAAAAAAGGCUUUUCUAACAGUUAUAAACCCUCUAAAUGUCAGUCAGAGGAAAUACAUUGUCUUUUGAGAAAACUAAAGUCAGUUUAAUUCAUGUAAUGGGAAACAGUGCUUUCUUACCUACA